GGUCUCGGACCGGCCAGGAAGGCAUCCAUCUGGUGCGUGUGUAUCUCCUUGGAAAGUGCCAUCCACGGAUUGUAUAGCAGUCUGUUCCUGUCAGAAAGUAAGCGGAGAGCCGAGUGGAGCAGCAGCAGCAGCAGGCACAGAGAGGAGAGCUAUAGCCAUGUCUUCCAGCUCAGCGAUGGUGCGGAUCCUGAUAAAGGGCGGCAAGGUGGUCAACGACGACUGCACCCAGGAGGCGGAUGUCUACAUCGAGAAUGGCAUCAUUCAGCAGGUGGGGAAAGAGCUGAUGAUCCCAGGUGGAGCCAAGGUGAUCGACGCCUCGGGGAAACUGGUCCUCCCUGGGGGCAUCGACACCAGCGUCCACCUGGAGGAGACCUUCAUGAAUGCAACUACGGCAGAUGACUUCUACAGCGGCACCAAGGCUGCUCUAGCUGGUGGUACAACGAUGGUGAUUGGACACAUUCUGCCAGAGAAGAAUGAGUCUUUGCUGGAAGCCUAUGAGAAGUGCCGCAGCUCGGCCGACUCCAAAGCCUGCUGUGACUACGCUUUGCACGUGGGAGUUACUUGGUGGGGACCCAAGGUACGAGCUGAGAUGGAGAAACUAGUGAGGGAGAAGGGCGUGAACUCCUUUCAGAUGUUCAUGGCCUAUAAGGACACAUUCAUGCUGAGAGACAGCGAGCUCUUCCAGGUUCUGCAGCACUGUAAGGACAUCGGAGCUAUAGCAAGAGUCCAUGCUGAGAACGGAGAACUGGUGGCAGAGGGUGCAAAAGAAGCAUUGGACCUGGGCAUCAGUGGCCCAGAGGGGAUUGAAAUAAGCAGGCCUGAAGAGUUGGAAGCAGAGGCGACCCACAGGGCAAUAACCAUCGCUAACAGGGCCCACUGCCCGAUCUAUCUUGUCAAUGUGUCCAGUAUGUCUGCAGGAGAUGUAGUGGCUACAGCCAAGAUGCAGGGUAAGGUGGUCCACGGUGAGACAACCAUAGCCCACGCUGUGCUGAACGGUAUGCAAUACUAUCACCAUGACUGGGCCCAUGCUGCUGCCCACGUUACGGUGCCUCCUCUCCGCCUGGACCCCAAUACUCCCAAUUUCCUCAUGAGCCUGCUGGGAAAUGACACUCUGAAUGUUCUGGGGUCUGACCACCGUCCAUUCACCAUCAAACAGAGGGCCAUGGGCAAGGAUGAUUUUACAAAGAUCCCCCACGGGCUUCCUGGGAUUCAGGAUCGUAUGAGCGUCAUCUGGGAGAAAGGAGUGAUUGGAGGAAAGAUGGAUGAGAAUCGCUUUGUUGCAGUCACAAGCUCAAACGCAGCCAAGAUCUACAACCUCUACCCCAGGAAAGGAAGGAUCAUCCCAGGAGCAGAUGCUGAUGUGGUGGUCUGGGACCCCGAGGGAUCCAAGACCAUCUCUGUGGACAACCAGGUCCAGGGAGGAGAUAUGAACCUGUAUGAAGGUCUUCGUUGUCACGGCGUGCCCCUGGUCACCAUCAGCCGUGGCCGUCUGGUCUAUGAAAAUGGCAUGUUUACAUGUGCUGAGGGCUCUGGAAAGUUCUGCCCGCUGAGGACCUUUCCAGAUUACCUCUACAAAAAGAUGGUUCAAAGGGAAAAGUGCCAGGCUGUGAAAGCUGUCGAACGGGAGCCCUACAAAGGUGACGUUGUUGCGGUGGCCAACUCAGGAAAGAGGGACUUCGGGGUUCCAGAUCUGGAUACUCCGACGCGUCCCUGUACCCGGCACGGUGGCGUGAGAGACCUCCAAGAGUCCAGCUUCAGCCUGUCUGGUGCCCAGAUCGAUGACAAUAUUCCAAAGAGAUCCUCGGCCAGGAUCCUUGCUCCUCCUGGAGGGAGAUCCAGCGGGAUCUGGUAACCAAUCAGACGGCCACUAUGUGAAGUGGAAGAAUGACACCUGAGGGAAACAUCUGGCCAAGCAAGAUGACUUGUUUUUUCUUUCUGGAAGCUUAGAACAUGUGUGGGGUUAUGGGGUCAUGUUUUUUUUAUUUUAAACUCAGCACAGUUACAUAGGACUGUAAAUCUGUAUGACAUAGCCGUUACAAUAUUGGAAUAUGGAUCAAGGAAAACUAUUGCUAAGUUAUAGCUACCAAAUUUCAGUCAAAUGGUAACCAAAUAUAAGUAGCAAAUAAAAAAAAAAAAUGAGUUGCCAGUGAUUUAUUUUGGCUGUUGGAUCACGUUAGGGGAAAUAUGUUACUAAUAGUUUUAGGAGUAUGAAGGUGAGUCAUGGUUUUUAUGAUGCGAUUGUGUUACCUCACUGUAAAAUACGAUUUUGCACUUGUAUCAUGUACUAUUUAGAUGCCUUUUUACAUGAUUUAAUGUCACGAAUAUCACAAAUGUUUUUUUACUGCGAGCCAUGGUGAAUGAAGUGUAAUAAAUUAUUACAUGGGUGUCGGCAUGACAUUAAUAUGCCAGUUAUGAAAAAUAUAGUUGACCAAUUAAGGAAAAAUAUCUUAAUGCAAGCUAACCUUUUUAUGUGUUUGUUUAUUUAUUUUUUAUAUUGCAUUAUUUGUGCUAUUUUCCGUCGAUGCUACUUUGUUAGAAUUAUUUCCUAAGUAAUAACGAGGUCUUUGCUCAGUAGUUUGUUAUCUAUGGAUUAGCAGUUCAGAUCAUGUUUACAGCCUUAUAGCAGAAUAGACUUCUGUUCCACCCCCACCAAAUGUGAAUGAACCUAUGCUGUGUGUAUUGUGCAUGGUAGCAGAGUUAGAACUACUGUAAUAAGCACUGAUGUUGCUCCUGUUAUGCAGCAUCCUUUAUCCAUUUUUCCACAGAGAGCAAAAAGUCUCACCCAAACUGCCUUUUUCUCACCUGAGAACACUGACACCCACAAACACAUCGUCCCACACCACCGGCGCAGAUCAUGACAUGUCGAUUGCUGUUGUUUGUUUUAGAGUGGGCACUUUUUACUGGUCUGAAACGGCAGGGUUCAAACUGUUCCUCUGACUGACACUUCGGAUGUAAAACACCACUGUGAAGCAUAUAGAGAAGGUGAAGUGAUCCUCUUUAGCAUUCACAGUGCUGGAAUGUAACAGCAGACAAGUUAGUCGAUUAAUGUCAUUUCUUCAGGGGACCAGAUGCCUUCACACUGUGCACCACUGAGAGCUCAGCAUCAGAACUGGAAGGCAUGCUUGUUUAACAACAACAGAAAAAGCACUGAUACUACUACUGUAUUUUUAUUGUUUUGUGUUUAGCUACAGUAUUUCCUGUGAAUGAUUGUCUUAGUAAUUGAUUUUGUUGUGUUUUUGUUAAAACUGCAGUUGAAGCAGAGAUGCACACAAGAUUUUGAUCAUGUUUACUUUUAGUUGUGUUCAGAGGAUCCUCAGUAAAAGUCCUACUUUCAUUGUUUUUUUGUUUUUUGUUUUGGGCCAGAUUUCACUUUUAGAAGCUCCAGUGAAACUUGUGUAUUCCCCCUCCCAAACGUACACUGGUGCUGAACAAUGUGUCAUCACAUUGAAAACCUUUUAUCUCUUGUUUCCUCUUGCAGCUCUUUAUCACAUGAUUUGAG